CUCGUCGGAUUCGUUGCGCGUUCAAAGCUAAAGAAUUCUCUCCCAAAAGCUCGUACAAUUGUAAAAUCAAGGCAAAAGAAAAAGAAAACACAACCAAAAUGCGGUGCGGUUUUAAAAAAUAAAUUUUCGAAUCCUUUUUUGAAACAAAGAGUGCUAAAGGCACCAGCGAAACAGUGAAGCAAAAUAUAUCGAGCAGUGCAGUUAGUUAAAUAAAAACAUAAAACAAAAUGUCGACAGUUGUGGAACAGGCGGCCACAGCGGGCAACCCCAAGGCAGCAGAGAUAUCAACUGCAACAGCAGCAGCAACAGCGACGGCUAUAACUGCCACGCCCCCUGCCACCGCCAACGCCCCCACGGCAGCGGAAAUUGAGCAGCUGCAACAGGCGCUGAUCGAGAAGCAAACGCAGCUAUAUGCCCUGGAAACGGCCUGUUUGAGGGAAACAGAGCGACAGGUGGAGCUGGAGGAUAGUGUGAUAGCGUGGCAGGAUAAGUACGAUCGGCUGUACGAGUCGCACAAGCGGGUUCAAAAGGUCAACCAGAGUCUGGAGGACAAGAUGCUCAAGCUGGUGGAUCGAAAUGCCGGCGAAAGGGCCCAGUUGACCAGCGAUGUGGCCACUUUGAGUGUGCGACUCGCCCAGGCAAACUUCAACAUCGCCAAGUUGCAGAGGGAAAUCGAACGCUACAAGGCCGACAUUAGCCUGGCCAUACAAUUGCUGCAGUGCAAGCCGGAUAGUUUUGUGUCCCAAAAAGUGUCAUCGCUACCGAUUGAUAUUCAAUCGAAGGUGUCGGCGUACAUGAGACUGGAGACGAACUCCCAUUCCGAUUCCGAGUGCAGCAAUAGCGGAGUGGGCGUGGCCACCACAGCUUCCUAUAAAGUGCUUCCGGCCUCCGAUUCGCCGCCCCCCUCCGCCUGCCCCUUCCCGCCCACGGCCAUGGUGUAUUCGAUGAGGGGAAUCGGUAGGUAUGCCGCCAAUGGGAACACGACCACGAAUCCUCAACAGCAGUCGAAUCAACUCACGAAUAACAAUACCAGCAACAACAAGGACGCACUCAACAACAACAAUGUUAAUAACAACAGCAAUAACAACUGCAAUAAUCAAACCAAUACAAACAUUAGCAAUAAUAAUCAAGGCAUCAGCAAUCCCGACAUGAUAUCGCCCACAAUAAUGGCAAAGUUUUUGGAGGACGAACUGAAGGCGAAUGAGGUGAAACACUGCGAUACGUGUCAGUGCAGCAAACAGGAUCUGCAGGUCCUGGCCGAUGUGUCUCGUUCCUAUUCGGUGGCCACCCAAACGCCCCAUCAGUUGCAGCUCCAAGCAUCCGGAUUGAAUGAACCACUGACAACAACCCAACUUUGCCUGAGAUGCCACAGCAAUCUUAACUCCCCGUCGCGCACCAACAGUCCAUAUCUGAUGAAGAUGGUCAAGUCCAGUGACUCCGUUAUAUCAGAGACCAAGAGUUCCGUUUCGGAUCUGAACGACAUGGACAAGCUGUUUAUACCGGCCAAGAAGGAUGACCUAAUGGUGAAUCCCAUACUGGGACAUCAUCGACUCUGCGAAAGAACUGCGAUUGCGGGACAGAGUGCAGAGUUUGGCAAUGGAAAGCUGACCACCUCUACGAUGAUGUAUCCCACCACACAUUUGGGUGCCUAUGCAGCGGAGAAGUAUCUGCUGGAGACGAGUAAUCUUGGCCAGCUGCGGAAUGGCUAUCAAAGGCGGUUUCUGGACGGCGGUGGAACUGCCCUGCAACUCCUAAACAAAUACGAAGCCAGUGCCGUGGGCGUAGUCCAUGGCGAGCUGGAGGAUGAGUCCAGCAAGCCGCUGCUGUCGGGUGUCUCGCAACCCAGUCUGCUGGAAGCGGAGCAAACUGCUCCUCAGCAAUCGGUGGUUCCUGCUAAGCUGGAAGAUGUCUGCGAGCCGCAGCCCAAUAAGCCAGUUGCUCCAUCCGCUCCUCCAGGAAGCACUGCGUCUGCUGUCCCACCAUCGGGCACGCAGUUGAAGUCCACCAACUCGGGAAGCGUCCAGAGCCUGUGGAGCAACAAGACCAGCAGUUGCGAGGGCGCCAAAAUGUUCGAGACUUUCAACAGGAAUCUCAUCAAAACGAUCAAGGCGGAGAAUCCCAAGUACCGAGGUCCUCGUCUGUGCGCCAUGCGAAUACAGCAGAAUGGCCAGAGCAACAUCCUGCUGGACAAUCUCGAGUCCAUAGAGACCUACACGCCAGUGAUCUACAAGCGGCGAGAGAAGCUGCUGGACGAGGAGCUCAACGAUGGCAAGGACAUCAUCACCAGCAAGGAGAGCAAUGCCCAGUCGGUGGUGGAAGCAUGGCAAGGACCUGCCGCUCCACACGAGAAUGUCGCCCUUCAGCCGGUGCUCGAACCGCAGGUGGAAACUGCAGAGCUGGAGCCAGUGGAGAUCAAGCCCGGUGAACAGGCCACCAAUCCCGGUGUGAACUCACCCAAGCACUCGGCUAACUCCAGUUCCAUAAGCGAUGCCAUCGACUACCAGGAAAGUGUCCUUCUCAGGCGCCAGCAACUUAGCAGAGUGGCGGAAUGGGUGCAGCAUAAUACGCAGCAGCUGGAGCAGAGAAAUCUGCAGCAGGCUCCGCCCACCAGUGACUCCAAUUCCGGAACGGAAAGACAAUCCUCGUACUCCACGCUCGACCGCAUGGACUCCAUAUCCAUAGAGAAACUCUCGAUGGAUUCCGGCUACAAGACCACACCGCAACAACUAACCAAUGGUUAUCCGGAAAAGUCUACGGAGGAUUCCCUUUCGCCCAAGACCGACAUCACCAGCAAUUCCUUGCCGGAAAAUCCAUCGGCCAGCGUUGUGCCGCCCAAGAAAACGGAGCUGUGCACCACGUACUACCGGAGAACCACAAGAUCGGGACUACCAGUGGCAUAUACCACGGUGGCCGGCGCGCCAGUCGACUCAAGUCCGCCCGGUGAGUCCACAUCCUCCGGUUCAGAGGCACUCAUCUGCCCCGAACAGCCCACGUGUGAUAUACUCAACUACAAGUACUAUCCCAAUGACACGGACAAAACGCGAUCCGUGCAAGCGGAGCUGCACACGACCACCCAGAACGUGGACAUUGCCCAGAUGGAGUACAAUGUGAAGCAGUUCCUGCUGAAGCAAAACGAGUGGUCCAUGAAUGGCGGAGCAGCUGGUGCCACUCCCAGUGCGGUGCUACAAGGAUCUGGAGCAGCUGCUCGCAUGCUGCAGCGCAGGAUUUUGGGUCCUGGCGUGGGUGAGCGGGUGAGGAUGGCCACGCCCGGUGGAGCUGUGGCCACCAAAACCAACAAAACCACCAGCCAGUCAUCCAACAACCUGACGCCCCACAGAACUGAAACGAAUUUAUAAGCACACGGGGUCGAUGAAUGCGCCACACAUCCAAUGAGCAAACCAAAUUGUAUUCUAGCCUAGUUUUGCUACUUUAAGUUCGUACUCCACGGUCUAUAUAGAUACGAUAUAGCCAUGCUUAAGUUGGGUGAGGGAUUCUCAGAUACACAAAACACACAGAGAACGUGCUAAUAGCAAUGAAAUACUAUACAUAUGUACGAUAAAUGUAAUACUUAAACCACAAUCUACAAUCUAAGCUAGCUAAAGUUGCUUUGGAGCCAUCACUAUGCUGAUAAGCUGCCUAAAAAAUGGGUGUAAAAAUAUCUGAGGCGUUGGUUAAAGGUAGUUCUUAUAUGCGUUUCUGUGCUGUAAUCAAAUGUUGUAAUUCUACAUUUAUUUAUAAUAUUUAUGUAUACAUUUCUAUUAUGUAUUACCCUUUCAAGUCUUCCUUUACAUCACAAUUUACAUUUAAUUUUGUUUGUAUCUUGAGGUGUCUUCCUUAAAGAUCGUUUCACUUUCGUGUAAAACCAACGCUGGAAAUCCGAAGCCCAAGAGCAAUUGCAGCAAAUCAAAAGCAAAUCUAAGACAUAUGAUAUGGUCACAACUAACGAUAUAACCGAAAAUUAUAUACAAACUAAAAAUCGCGUAACUUUUUGAUGUCUGCAUGUUGAUGUAAACCACAAGAAUUUGAAAAUUCGCAAACUUUGCCCAAGCAAACUUAGGUUACACCGGAAAUAUAUAUGAAUUAUAUUUAUAGGAGUAUACAGAUAAUUAUGCUAUAUACGAUUUAUAUUUGAUAAGCGCGUUAUAUUUUCUACAUUCCGAUUGUGCAAUAUUUUUUGGUAGUGUGAGAAACGAGCGUAAAAACGAUUACGAUUUUUAUUUUUAUAAAAUGCGACCAAAAACGACGGCGGAGAGUUUUCUGAUCUUUGAUUUAUAUUUUCUAUUCGAGCAUUUUGUCCAGCCGCAAAAAAGCUUAGCGCUAUUUAUCAGAAGAAAAAAAACAGAUCUGUCUAUCGAAGAUAUAUACAAGUAUUGUACCUUUUUGCCCGAAAAACUGUACUCAUUCCUGCCCAUUAGAUGACCUUCAUAUAGAGAACUGUAAUCCUCUGCUAAGCUGCUAAAUCAAAGAUAUAUUAGCCCCGCUAUAUACACGUACACCCAAACAAAAACCAAAAUCAGAAUCAGAAUCAGUAUCAGAAGCGUACACGAACACAUUGCAUUAUAGACGUAUCUGAACAGACAUAUGAUUGUAGUACCCACAUACAUAUAUUUACAUCUAUAUAUACAUAAACAUAAAUACAUAUAUAUAUAUACAUAUAUUCUCAUCUUAUACGUGUAUACCCGACCCACAAGAACACAAGAACAAGCAAUACAACAUUCAACGGCUUCAGAAGAACCACUUUUCUAUGUACUACCCAUCACCAUCUCCACAUUAAGCGAAAUUAUAUUGAAUGCGAUGAUAUUUACUCGAUAUUUACACUCAUGUAUGGCUGCUAUCUAUAUCUCUAUGUCUCGAUUACUUUACCAUGUAUACACUGAGCGAAAUGCUAAAAUGGAAAUGCUUUAAGACACUGUUAUGUUUGGCCUACUUAUGUAAACGUAUAAUUAGCAUAAAUUCAACUCGUACUAAUAUUGCUUACUACGAAUCAAGGGAUCCAGCUCUAUAGCUCUAUAGCUCUAUAGCUCUAUAGAUCCUCUGCCUGUUAUGCACUUUAUCCUACGAUACUAUCGAAAAUCAAAAAAGAAAAAACUCUUAUUAAGUUCAUGUACCAAUAUCGAAAAAGACUUAACUUGGAUAAGGAACUAAAUCAUUUCCGAUAAUCACCCACUUUCUCUUGCUCCCUCACCUGUAACUCACUGCUCAACGAUCCAGUUUUCCAGCAUUAUAAAGUAUAUAUCAAAACGAUCAUUAAAACAAUAGAACACUGCCCCAAGUCCCCAUCACUGCCCCCACUUCCCCUACUUCCCCCCAAAAAACCCAAAACUAAAUUUAAGUAGAAUCAUUCUUCAGCUCAAGAAAUCCCUAAAACAAACAAAGAAAACCCAAAACUUUACGUAAGGCAGCCCAAUUGAAUAAAAGCCGAAACCGUAGCUAAAAAUAACUAAUACAUAAAGCAAAUCGAAGAGAAAAUUGAAAUGGAAUUUCAGCAAAAAAAAUCGAAAUAUAUUAAAAGAAAACUAGCUUAAAUAUUUGGGCAUAAGUUCAACUUCAGCUGCGACAUCUAGUUUAAAUUGGAAGCCUUUGUUCUAUCGCCUAGGUUCGAAACAUUUCAGAUACUUAGCCUUAUAUGAAUGUGUACACUAACCAUGAUGUAACCAUUCUUGAGCUAUUGAACCACCUUAAUGUGAAACAAAAAAAGAAACGCAAAAAAAACGACAACAUUGAAAUAAUAAAUCAAGAAAACAAAUGGAAAUAAUUCAAAUAAAUACGAGAUAAUUUUUGAAUAAA